UUGUACCGGUCGGUCGCACGUGUUGUUGGAAAACAGGAAGACGGGAGUCUCUCUGCAGUUCUCUUAUGGCUCAGCAGACGACGGCUGGACGGCGCUACCUGCGUGCGUUUGUUAGUGGAUUUUUCGUCGCCGUUCCCGUCACAGUUACCGUCCUUGAUCGAUUGGCUUAUGUGGCGCGAGUGGAAGGAGCGUCAAUGCAGCCAUCCCUGAACCCAGAAGGGGAAUCGGAGUGUGACGUCGUCUUGCUAAACCGUUGGAGUGUGAGGAACUUUCAAGUCCAGCGAGGUGACAUCGUCUCCAUUGUGUCCCCCAGGAACCCCAAGCAGAAGAUCAUCAAACGUGUCAUCGGGCUGGAGGGAGACUUCAUCAGGACUAUGGGCUACAAGAACCGAUACGUUCGAAUCCCUGAUGGUCAUUUCUGGAUUGAAGGAGAUCAUCAUGGACGCAGUCUGGACAGCAACAGCUUCGGACCGGUCUCCAUGGGGCUCCUGCACGGCCGGGCCUCUCACAUCAUCUGGCCUCCCCAUCGGUGGCAGCAGAUCAGACCGUCCCUCCCUCAGAACCGAGGACCGCUGGACCACACGGAGGAGGAGGAAUGAAGAACCGUGAAACCUCUCAAACGUCAUGUCUUCAGGGGAGUGAACACUCUGGUUCUCAGGGUGCUUUUUAAAAACCUUUUACCUCGACACAGACGUUGUCCUGCUGCAGUCUGGUUACAGACUGGACCAGAUGUGACCGCACAUCAACUCCGAGCCCUGCUGUUUUAUCUAAAGACCGCUCAAGUUCUGCUCUUCAGGCUCAGGUCUGUUUCCAAGCAACCAGGCCAAAUAUUCUCCGGUUUCAUCGCGUUUUUUUGUUUUUUUCAGUUUUGGGGGGGUUUUUUAAGGUUCCUCUAGAACGGGGGUCGGCAACCCGCGGCUCUAGAGCCGCAUGCAGCUCUUUAGCGCCGCCCUGGUGCGUCCUGGAGCUUUUUCAAAAAUGUUUGACCUUUUUUUUUCUUUUAUUCUUCUUUUUUUUCUUUUUUUCUUCUUUUUUUCUUUUUUCUU